GUGAACAUUGAGGUUCAGCAUGCCAGAGAGCCUGUGAUUGCUGCCAUUGAACGCAAUGGUGGCACCAUCACCACAGCCUACUUCGACAUAGAGAGCGUCACAGCCCUCAUGAAUCCCGAGAAGUUCUUCAAGCAGGGCCUCCCCAUCCCAAAGCGCAAACUGCCGCCAGAGGAUGCCAUCCGGUAUUACAGCGACCCAGAAUUUCGUGGCUACCUGGCUGAUCCGCAGGAGGUAGCCAAGCACCGUUUUCUCUUGGCACAGAAGUAUGGCUACGAGCUGCCGGAUUUGGAAAGAGAUCCCAGCCACGAGAUGUUGAAAGAGCGAAAGGACCCACGUCAGGUUUUCUAUGGCCUUCAAUCGGGCUGGGUUGUAAACCUGAAAGAUAAGGUUAUUCUAAGGCCAACCGACCCAGAGUACAAAGAAUACUACAAUAUCUGAGUAGCCUUCUUGUGGCUUUUUAAAUGCUACUCAUCACGAAAUUUUCUUAACUCAUUGUUAUAGGUGCGUGUUCAUUGUCACAUUCAUAUGAAAUUAUCACAGCAGUUAGAAUGCCUGAGAUGCCCUUUUGUUUUUUUAAGUGUAAAAGAAACUAAAAAGAUGCGUGGCAGCAUCUCUGGGGCAGCCUUUGUCUAAACCUAUCAAUUUCAGUAUGAUUAAGAUCGUUAUUAUAUUAUGCAGUGUUUCUUCUACGAGACCACUGUUGGUUAUGCCACAAGACAGUUGUAAAGCCCAGUAGUUGUAAUAAAGUAGCUUUUGCUAUUUUUGUUUCAA